GCCUGCCGCGGGGCGCUGGCCGAUCGGCAGUGCAUGCUCAUCUCGGGCGCCAUGACGUUGGCCCUAGAGCAGAUCAACAACCGCACGGACCUGGUGCCGUGGGCGCGGCUGCAGCUGCGGUGGAACGACACCAAGAGCGACCCGGUGGUGGCGACGCGCGCCAUCACCGAGAUGGUGUGCGAGGGCGUGGCCGCCUUCUUCGGGCCCGAGGGCUCCUGCCACGUCGAGAGCAUCGUCUCGCAGGCCUGGAACAUCCCCAUGAUCGCCUACCGUUGCUCUGACGAAAAGCCAUCGUCCGUUCCAACAUUCGCGCGAACUGAGCCUCCAGAUACUCAGGUCACGAAGUCCAUCCUCUCGCUGCUCAAGUACUACGACUGGAAGAAAUUCGCCGUCAUUUGGGAGGAGCCGUGGGAGGCGGUGGCGAUGACGCUCAUGCGGCAGGCCAAGGAGUUGUACAACAGCACCAUCACGCACCAGCGCCAGCUCCAGGACCCCGCCAAGUGCUGCAUCUCCAACGAGGAGUGCUGCCGCAACACUUUCUGGUACCAGAUCAUCAACGAGAGCAAGAACAUCACGCGGAUCUACGUGUUCCUGGGGCUGCCCAGGUCCCUGGUCAACAUGAUGAAGCAGAUGCACGAUUUGCGGCUGUUCGAUAAGGGCGAGUACAUGGUCAUUACAGCGGACAUGAUGCCGUACACACAUCGAGAAACCCUCAAGUUUGUGUGGGACACGGUGCACAUGAACAACAUCACGUGCACGGAGGACGCCGUGAAGCGCGGCCGGUCGCUGUUCAUCGUGGGGCUGACGCCGCCCACCAGCCACAACUAUCAGGUGUUUGCCGACACCGUGGAGCACUACAACGCGCUCCCGCCCUUCAACUUCACCACGCCGCACAGCCUCAAGAUCUUCCGCAAGCACAUCACCAUCUACGCGUCCUACCUGUACGACUCGGUGCUGCUGUACGCGGACGCGCUGCACACGGUGCUGGAGAACAAGCAGCGCGAGGGCGUCCUCACGGCGCAGAUGAUCGAGAGCCUCGCCAAGAACGGCACGCUCAUCAUCCAGACCGUCAAGGACCGCGGACAGUACACCAGUAUAACCGGUGCAGUCAUAAAAAUCGACCACAAUGGUGAUUCUGAAGGCAAUUUCUCGGUGAUAGCGCUUGUUCCAGAACCUAUACAAGAUGCCAAUUAUACAUGUGACUUUCACUUUCGGCCCAUUGGUACUUUCAGCUUUACCGACAAUAGCAAGUUGGAGUACAACGUGAACGACGGGACGCCGUGGUGGAUCGGGUCGACGCGUCCGCCGGACGAGCCCACGUGCGGCUUCGACAACCAGCACUGCCCCGACGACUCGCGCUCCUCCAGCAUGUACGCGGCCGCCACGCUCGCCGUGCUGCUCUUCUGCGCGCUCGUCGUCACGCUCUCCAUCUACCGCAAGUGGAAGAUCGAGCAGGAGAUCGAGGGGCUGCUGUGGAAGAUCGACCGCUUGGACCUGCACGGCUACUUCGGCAACGACAUCGUCGCCUCGCCCAGCAAGAUGUCGCUGGCGAGCGCGGCGUCGUGCGAGUCGCGCUGCGGCCAGCAGCUGUUCGCGCCCACGGGCACCUACCGCAGCGUCAUCGUGCGCAUCAAGGAGCUCAAGUUCUCGCGCCGCAAGGACAUCUCGCGCGAAGUCAUGAAGGAGAUGCGCCUGCUGCGCGACCUGCGCCACGACAACAUCAACUCCUUCAUCGGGGCCUGCAUCGAGCCCAUGCGCAUCCUGCUCAUCACCGACUACUGCGCCAAGGGCUCGCUCUACGAUAUCGUAGAAAACGAAGAUCUCAAACUGGACAAAAUGUUCAUCUCCUCUCUAGUCCAUGAUCUCAUCAAGGGGAUGAUCUAUAUCCACAAGUCCGCUCUGGGCUGCCACGGGAACCUCAAGAGCUCCAACUGCGUAGUGACGUCACGCUGGGUGCUGCAAAUCACCGACUUCGGCCUGCACGAGCUGCGGCAUAGUGCUGACAACAGCGGCAGCAUCGGGGAGCACCAACAUUUCCGAAGUCUCUUCUGGAAGGCGCCCGAGAUGCUGCGGGACCCGUCGGCCCACAUCCUCGCCUGCCGGCAGAAGGCGGACGUGCAGGCGGUGCAGAAGGCGGACGUGUACGCCUUCGCCAUCAUCCUGUACGAAAUGUUCGGCAAGAAGGGGCCUUAUGGAGGCUGUCCCCUGGAGCCCAAAGAAAUCAUUGAAAUGGUUAAGAAAGUGCCAAAGCCCGAACAGAAGCCAUUUCGACCUGACCUGUCCCUACUGGAAAUGGAGGAGACGCCGUGUGAAGACUUUGUGAUAGACUGCAUUCAAGACUGUUGGAGUGAGGCUCCAGAAAACAGGCCUGACUUCUCCACACUUCGGACCAGACUCAGGCCAUUAAAGGAAGGAAGUGGAAGGCAUCGCAAUAUCAUGGAUCAGAUGAUGGAAAUUAUGGAAAAGUACGCAGAAAACUUAGAAGCUUUAGUUAAUGAGCGCACCAGGCAAUUAGCUGAAGAGAAGCGCAAAACUGUUGAUUUGCUAAAUCGGAUGUUGCCAGCGCCCGUAGCUGAUCAACUUACCAAAGGUUAUGGAGUUGAACCAGAAAGCUUUGAGACAGUGACAAUUUACUUCAGCGACAUUGUAGGUUUUACUGCGAUGUCAGCUGAAAGCACUCCUCUUCAGGUGGUAAACUUUCUAAAUGAUCUCUAUACAUUAUUUGAUCGAAUCAUUAAAGGAUAUGAUGUGUACAAAGUGGAAACCAUUGGUGAUGCUUACAUGGUGGUGAGUGGACUUCCAAUUAAAAAUGAUGACCGGCAUGCAGGAGAAAUUGCUUCUAUGUCCUUGGAUUUGUUGGAUGCCGUGAAAAACCACCGCAUUGUCCAUCGGCCUAAUGAUAUCCUCAAAUUGCGAAUUGGUAUACACACAGGUAAGUGA